CCGCAAUCACCCAUGCUGUCAAGAGCCAAACGAGAACCUGACCCUAGCGAUGAUCAUAGACGCCUUCGAAAUAUACGGUCACGAUCCUACUGACAAAUUAGACAACCUGUGGCUAUACCAGAACGAGAUGCUGAGGAUCAAAACAGCAGAAGAUCAGUAUCUGAUAAACGAACGAAUCCACGUGGCCACAGAUCAUUUGGGAAGAUUUAUUAAGCUCCAUAUUCAGGAAUUGAAGGUUUUGCUGAUCACCUUAGAUGACGUCAUAGACAACAUGCUCACGAUGUACGAGAACCAUAACUCUAUAGCUGCCGAACGUAAAGCUACGUACACUGGUGGACCUGUUCCUAUGGAGUUUUAUCUUAGUCAAGAGUUCUACUGCGGCAAGAACGUGUACCUCUUCGUCUCUGAGCUGUACAGCGACAUCUACAACAUGGGACGCGGUCCUGCGCCCUACUGCAAGGACAGGUCCUUCGUCUUCCUCGGGCUCCUGCAUUACCACGACGAGCAAAAGUACUAUUUGCUCGACGACCCAAGCAUCUCGUUCCCCACCGACAACUAUUUACACGGACUGGAGUGUCACAUCGGUAUCUGUAUAUUUCGCUUCCCGUUUAAGAAACUCCUUCAGAACGAACGCGAUGUGGUAACAUUGCCGAAGGCCAUAGUGAAGUGUGGUCUGAUCAUGUACAAGCUGCCUCCACUGACCGCCACCUCGUGUGUCAUCACAUCGGGAUCUUUCAUACUAGAUUUCAAUAUCCAAGGCUUGCGGUAUCGCCACUACGACUACUUAUUGACAGUACCAAACGGUUACACGUACUACACUAAGGAACCAAACUCUCCGCUUAUUUGCGACCACCACGUCUGCGAAUGGAACUACACAAAUCAUUAUGGCGGUCCAUUUCUAAUACCCGGCGAUCCUGGAACUGGAAUCGAUCCGGUCCCACCUUACAUCGAGCCCACGCCCAAACCAGAUGAGCCAGUGGAAGACGACAACAUAACUGUGCCUUACAUUCUGGACGGUUGUUUAUUCAUGUACCCCCCAAACUACGGUUCGAUAGCAGGCAAGAGCUAUUUAGAUCCGGUAGAUUUACACGACGACAGGUUUACCUGUAACGCCGGUGGGAAUAAAGGUCUUUAUUGGUAUCCACAAUGGAUGGGCGCCAUUCCCCACCAGCCGUACUCCUCGAUAGAUGACAAGGAUACGUUCUCCCAUCCGGGCGCUUACUAUCCCCACCAGAAAGGAUACGACAUGGACGACGAUGUAGAUUAAAAUCGAAAUUAACACUUUUAAAUAAAAUUUCGUUUUAAAAAUAUAAA